AUGGGUUCAACUUAUCAACUUUUAAAGCCUAGCUUUUAUCCUUCCUCGGAACCCGACUCAUCCCCACAAAUUCAAGAAGUCAUCAAAGCACUCAAUCUUCUCCCACACAUCGAGGGCGGCUUCUUUGCCGAAACAGAUCGUGCCCCAGACGUCAUUCCCUCACCAUUCGGCUCCGAUAAAUCCUCCACUACAGAUCUUGCGCCCCAAAGACCUGGCUUUGAUCCCACCGUGCGAAAUUCAUCGACUAGUAUCUUCUAUCUGCUUACGCCGCAUGGUCCGCAAGGUGGCUUUCAUCGGAAUAAGGGGAGAACGGUUCAUACACUACACAAAGGCCGAGGCAGAUAUGUUUUGAUACACGCUGAUGAAGAGGGUUCGGAAAAGAGGAUCGAGACAUUCAUUGUUGGCCAGAAUGUUGCUGCUGGCGAAAAGUUACAAUGGAUUGUAGAUGGUGGGAAAUACAAGGCAUCCUACUUGUUACCAGAUGUCCAAGGUGGCCAAGCCAGUGAUGGGCUUUUGAUCAGCGAGACUGUUGUUCCUGGGUUUGAGUAUUGUGAUCAUGAUUUUUUAUCUCCCGAGGGAUUGAAAGAACUUGUGACUUCCGAAAAAGCGGAGGAAUUGAGUUGGCUGCUCAGUCCUUUGGGGAAACAAGAGUGA